ACCUGAAACGGAAAAUGUAGAAUUUCCUCCUUCAUACAGCUGUGUGGCAGCACAUGUCCAACCCAGACAUGCAGGUGAUAUAACUUGUUUCUCCAUCCACUCCCAUUGAGUGAGGAUGCGUCUGUUCCCCACCUGGGCCCUGUCCUUCUCCCUGCUGACGGCCUUCCACCCGGCGAGUGCCACCGUGUCAAACAGCUUCAGAGACUGCAGCCAUUUUUUCUACAUGGAGACUCCACCUGCAGGGGUCGGAGGGCACAGCCUGAGGAGGAUCUGCCAGAUGUACGCAGACAAAGCGCGCUAUGCCACAUUGUACGACAGCAGCCGCCGUCUACCCCUCUACUCGGCCUACAUCUUUCAGAAGUCCGAUGGGAAGAGCAGGAUGGACACACCCUGGAUGUUUGAGCCUCAGGUACAGAGAGUGAAUUAA